AAUAAUAAAGGCACUGUACUUCCGUCAGGAGAUACGCGCCCGCUAGAGGUGGUAUUGUUCUACACACAGAGUUAAACAACAGUUUACGAUAACGUUACAACAGUUAACAUGCAUUUACAUUCUUCUCGAAGAAAUUAAAGGUGGUUGUCCCUGUAGUAACUUAUGCAGCAGUGAUGGCUGUAUAUGUCCACAACAAGGGUAUACCGUGGGAGGUCCAGCAGAAUGGCACCCUGGCACCAGUGGACCGUCUCCGCAACGAGAGGUCUGAAAGCCCCACUCCAGGCCUGGUGGUGGGCACAGAACCAGGUGCUGGCCAGGAGAGUGCCAUGUUUGUUCAUGCACAGUCCUUUGAGGACCUGACUGCUGACAGUGAGCCGACUACUGAGCCAGAACCUGAAGGAGAGACUGUGCUUGGAGAGUCAGCAGAGGAGGAGGCUCUAUGUCUGGGGGCUGAGCAGGUGACCCAGGAGGAACAGCAGCCGGAUGUAGAGGAGGAGCGCCCAGAGAACAGGAGUAAGGAAGAGGAUGUGUGCAGUGAGGUCUGGCGUAGCCACAGGAAGCAUGUGUUUGUACUGAGCGAGGCAGGCAAGCCCAUCUACACCCGCUACGGCACAGAGGAAGCCCUCUCCAGCACCAUGGGGGUCAUGAUGGCACUGGUCUCUGUCGUGGAGGCAGAUAAGAAUAUCAUCCGCUCCAUUCACGCAGACGGUUACAAAGUGGUGUUCCUUCGCAAAACUCCUCUGGUCCUGGUUGGUGUAUCCCGGACCUGUCAGUCAGACAGAGAGCUGACGCGUGAGUUGCAAUACAUCUACUACCAGAUUGUCAGCCUGCUCACCCUCACCCAGCUCAACCACAUCUUCCAGCAUAAGCAGAACUACGACCUGCGCCGCCUACUGGCAGGCUCCGAGCACCUCACUGACAACCUGCUGCGUCUGCUGGACCGCGACCCGGGCCUGCUCCUCAGUGCUGUCACCUGCCUCCCCCUGGCCAGCUCCACCCGCGACCUGGUCUCCUCCAGCCUUCAGGCCGCCAAGGCCAAGAGCUUGGUCUUCUCCAUCCUCUUGGCUGGGGACCGUCUGGUCACCCUGGUGCGCAAGAAGGACCAGUACCUGCACCACAUGGACCUGCACCUGCUCUUCAACCUGGUGGGCUCCUCGUCAUCUUUUCGCGAGGGCGAAGGCUGGACGCCCAUCUGCCUACCUAAAUUCAACACUGCUGGCUUCUUCCAUGCCCACAUCUCCUACCUGGAGCCUGCCUCUGACCUCUGCCUCAUCCUGGUGUCCACUGACCGGGAAGACUUCUUUAACCUGUCUGAUUGCAAGCGCCGCUUCCUGGAGCGGCUGAGCCGACGCACUGCCUACCAGUCCCUGAAGGAGGCACUGAAGUGCCCCAGCUACUCUGUCACCCAAGUCGGCAUCCCAGAGCUCAGGCACUUUCUGUACAAGUCCAAGAGCUCAGGGCUCUACACUAGCCCUGAGCUGCCCUUGCCAUACCAAUCUUUAGAGGACCAGGAGAGGCUGAUGGGAUUGUACCAGUACCUUCACAGCCGCUUGCACCAACCGACACGUCCCCUGCGCUCCAUCUACCGCUGUGGAGAGACUGAGAACUUGCUGGCCUGGGUGACCAGUGGCUUUGAGCUCUACCUCUGUUUCAGUCCUCUUGGGACCAAGGCCAUGGCCGUGGCUGCUGUUAAUAAGCUGCUGAAGUGGAUCAGGAGAGAGGAGGACCGCCUCUUCAUCCUUAGUCCCCUGACAUACUGAGCCCCCAUCUGAACUAGCUACAGUUCCAAGAAGCCCUGGCCCUCUAAACUCGCCUCAUGACGUUGAAGUCUGAUGGUCACCAUUGGAGGCCAUGGAUAUAAUGCCAACAAACCAUCAUGCAUCACUGUUGUGCAUAUGCAGUCUAUGUUUGCUCUUUGCAGACCCUUCAGUCUAUGGUCAUAAGGGGGUCCAAUGAGGUCAUCACAAUGAGAGUACAGCUAUGUUUUAUCAAACAUAAUUUUUUGAUUUUAAUUGUUUGCUUCAACUAAGGUGAUUGCCCUAUGGGAAUUGAGCGUUAUGCAGCAGACAUUUCAAUUAAUAACAAUAACAUCUGUGAUGCUGUCCCUGUUGCUAUAAGAUGAUUAUUUUAAACUCACUGUAUGGAAUCACUACCUGGACAUGAGGAAUGCUGUGUGUUGUUUUAGCAGUAACCUACAAAUAUAACCAAUAGAGACUGACCAUCUUGAAAAGGAACUACAUUUGCUUUUAUCUAACUCUAGUAUGCGCCUGAGGGGCUGUUUUAUGUUUACCAAGAUGCUCUUGCUUGGUUAGGGGAUGCAUGUCAAGGGCAACGGUUAACUUUCUGGGGAAAGCACAUUCCUGUGACUCAAUAGAGUCAAUAUUGUCAAUAGUCCCUUAUAGUUAGCCCAAUAAUUGAUGAAACCAAAAAAAUAUUAAUCUCACUUAAUGACUGUAAUGCAGUUAGCCCCAUGUGCUCUACUUAGGCACAUGCGCAUACUUAAAAAUAUACUUAUUCAUUUCAUUAUUUUGUUUGGCUGCAUACUGCAAGAGUAAUGUGAAAAUUCUACCGUGAUUACUGUUUUGUUUUUUCAAAAGAUUUGUUUUGAAAGUUUUUUUUAAUGAUUAUUUGUGUCUUCAUUUUUUGCUUGGAUUAAUGUUUUGAUCAUGGAUUUUCACAGUCAAAGAUGAUGUAAUUGGAAAAGUAUCUUUAUUUUAAGAUGGGAAUCUCUGAGGUGUCUGUAUUAAUAUGAUUUUUGUUAUCUCACAAAUUAUAAGUGUUUUAUGGGUCCGUCACAUUUGAUUAAGAAAAAUACUGUAAUUUUCACAUUCACCUUGGCAGUCAUCAAAGGUCUUCAUGCCUUACCUAAUUGCCUUCAGACUUGUGCUAAGCUAAUGGGGUGUGAUUGGCUGGAGCUUGUUAGGGUUUUAGUGUAUUGUAGCUGAUUAGUUUACAGUGAUGGAAAAGGUACCCAAUUGUCAUACUUGAGUAAAAGUAAAGAUGCCUUAAUAGAAAAUGACUCAAAAGUGAAAGUCACCCAGUAAAAUCCUACUUGAGUAAAAGUCUAAAGGUAUUUGGUUUUAAAUAUACUCACAUAUUAAAAGCAAAUAUAAUAGCUAAAAUAUACUUAAGUAUCAAAAUUAAGUAUAAAUCAUUUCAUAUAUUAUAAGCAAAAAAAGAAACUUACUCUCACUGUCAACUGUGUUUAUUUUCAGCAAACUUGACAUGUGUAAAUAUUUGUAUGAACAUACGAUUCAACAACUGAGACACACUGAACAAGUUCCAUAGACAUGUGACUAGCAGAAAUGGAGUAAUGUGCCCCUGAACAAAAGAGGUUGUCAAAAUCAAAAGUAACAGUCAGUAUCUGGAGGCCACCAACUCCAUUAAGUACUGCAGUGCAUCUCCUCCUCAUGGACUGCACCAGAUUUGCCAGUUCUUGCAGUGAGAAGUAACCCCACUCUUCCACCAAGGCACCUGAAAGUUCCCGGACAUUUCUAGGGGGAAUGGCCCAAGCCCUCACCCUCCGAUCCAACAGGUCCCAGACAUGCUCAAUGGGAUUGAGAUCCGGGCUCUUCGCUGGCCAUGCCAGAACACUGACAUUCCUGUCUUGCAGAAAAUCUCACAUAGAACGAGCAGUAUGGCUGGUGGCAUUGUCUGUUGGAGGGUCAUGCCAGGAUGAGCCUGCAAGAAGGGUACCACAUGAGGGAGGAGGAUGUCUUCCCUGUAACGCACAGCGUUGAGAUUGCCUGCAAUGACAAGCUCAGUCCGAUGAUGCUGUGACACACUGCCGCGGAUCAUGACAGACCCUCCACCUCCAAAUUGAUCCCGCUCCAGAGUACAGGCCUCGGUGUAAUGCUCAUUCCUUCAAUGAUAAACGCGAAUCCGACCAUCACCCCUGGUGGGACAAAACCGUGUCCCGUCAGUGAAGAGCACUUUUUGCCAGUUCUGUCUGGUCCAGCAGCAGUGGGUUUGUGCCCAUAAGCGAUGUUGCCGGUGAUGUCUGGUGAGGACCUGCCUUACAACAGGCCUACAAGCCCUCAACCCAGCCUCUCUUAGCCUAUUGAGGACAGUCUGAGCACUGAUGAGGGAUUGUGAGUUCCUGGUGUAACUCGGGCAGUUGUUGUUGCCAUCCUGUACCUGUCACGCAGGUGUGAUGUUCAGAUGUACCGAUCCUGUGCAGGUGUUGUUACACGUGGUCUGCCACUGCGAGGACGAUCAGCUGUCCAUCCUGUCUCCCUGUGGUGCUGUCUUAGGCAUCUCACAGUACUGACAUUGCAAUUUAUUGCCCUGGCCACAUCUGCAGUCCCCAUGCCUCCUUGCAGCAUGCCUAAGGCAUGUCACGCAGAUGAGCAGGAACCCUGGGCAUCUUUCUUUUGGUGUUUUUCAGAGUCAGUAGAAAGGCCUCUUUAGUGUCCUAAGGUUUCAUAACUGACCUUAAUUGCAUACCUUCUAAGCUGUUAGUGUCUUAAUGACUGUUCCACAGGUGCAUGUUCAUUAAUUGUUUAUGGUUCACUGAACAAGCAUGGGAAACAUUGUUUAAACCCUUUACAAUGAAGAUCUGUUAAGUUAUUUGGAUUUUUAUGAAUUGUCUUUGAAAGACAGGGUCCUGAAAAGGGGGCGUUUAUUUUAUUGCUGAGUUUAUAUAAGCAAACCAGAUGGCACCAUUUUCUUGUUUUGUUUAAUUUAUGGAUAUCCAACACUCGGAUACUCAACAUAAUUUACAAACAAAGCAUGUGUUUAGUGAGUCCACCAGAUCAGAGGCAGUAGGGAUGACAGGGAUGUUCUCUUGGUUAGUGUGUGAAUUAGUCCACUUUCCUGCAUGCUAAGCAUUUGAAAUGUAAUGAGUACUUUUGGAUGUCAGGGAAAAUGUAUGGAAUAAAAUGUACAUUUAUUUUUUCUUUAGGAAUGUAGUGAAGUAAAAGUAAAAUUGUCAUAAAUAUAUAUACUAAAGUACAGAUACCCCCCCCAAAAUAAUUUAAAGUACUACUUAAGUACUUUACUCCACUGUUCAUUCAUGCCACAGGUCUAGCUUGUAGAUCUGCCAAUAUUUUACAAAUGUUCCUAGCGAUUAGUGAUUUAAUAUUAGGAUAAAUAAUACAUGUGUUAGGAAAUGUAAUGUGUUGGUGUCCAUGUCUGAAUACAACACAUUGUGAGAAUUUUGUCUGUAGGCUAUCAUAGGACAACUGACAUCAGUAACUAUUUAACCACAUACAAGAGACAGAUUGUUUUUACCCCCUCUUUGGUAAGAUUUUAUUGUAAUUUUUUUCCGUUACUUUCAACAAUUGCACAUGGACUACUCAUUCAUAUAUUUAUGUUAAAUCCCCCAAAGUUUUUUUUUCUUUGUGAAUAAAUAAAUAGGAAAUACAUUUUUGAA